AUGUUUGAUACAAACAGCACGAUCAACGAUAAUAAUCAAAAUACAUGGAAUAAUAUCAAAUCAUUUUUUAAUCCACAAAAUUCAAUGAUUAUAUUAGCUAUUAUUUGUUUAAUGUUUUUCUUCAUAGCAUUAUGUCUUCUAUUGAUAAUAAUUCAAUUAUUAAAAAAGAAACGCUUAUAUAAAAAUCAAAUAAAUAAUUAUCCUAAAUUAUCAACACCAAUACAAAUGGGUUUAACAUCAAAUCAAAUAUCAUCAUUAGGAACUAUUAUUUCAACAAAUCGUGAUAUAAAACCUCAAGAAUCAUUACCACAAACUACUCUUCCUUUAUCAGUUCAUGAAAGUAAUAAAACUGUAUCGUCGAUUAAUAAUGAUGAUGAAGUUGAAACUGUGAAUGAAGUUCUUGGAAUGGAAGAGCGUAAUGGAAAAAUUUAUUAUAAAGUUAAUUUUACUGGUCAUUCAUCGGAUUAUACUGCAUGGGUGUGUGAAGAAGAUUUAAUUCCAGAAUAA